AUGUCUGUCUCUAACACUGUUUACACCUGGGAUAGCAAAGCGUGGACCUGCAAAUGGCAAGUGUUAAGGAGGAGCUGCAAAGCCUACACCGGGGAGCGACGGGCCAAGGGGACCCGCUCGGCGGGCCGGGCUCGGGGAGCGAAAGCGCGGCCCCGGGAGCUGCCCCCCAGCCCCUCGGCCGAGCCCACACCGUGCCGAACCCCGGGAGCCCCGAGGGAGAGAGGCAGCCCCGGAGCCGGGCGGGGAGGGCCGGAGGGAGCUCCUUCAGAGGGCAGCGGCCCCGGAGAGCGGCCAGCUCCGGCUGCAGCUCCGGCUGCGGCGCGAGAGGGAGGCGAGGGGAGCUCGGCGGCUCGAGUGGGCAGCCGGGGAGCGGAGCCCCUCCGCGGAGAUCCCGGCGGACAGCCUCCAACCCCUCGCUCCCUCCCUUCCUUAUUUCCCUCCUUCCCUCUCGCCUCUCGUUGGCGGCUGGCAAUCCUGCCCGCAGCACGAAGGGGCAGUGACACAAGCCGGGGACAAGCCCGCCGGAGGCAGCCGGCGCCGCCGCGCUCUGCUCAGGUACCCCGACCCUGUCCGAGGAUCCGCGUUUCUCCCCUCCCCCGGUGCCGCCGUGGGGUGGGACUCCCCGGCGGGCCGCGGUCUCCCAUUCUGCUCUCCACCCCCCCGCCGCUGCCCGGCGCCGGGGGUCGGUGCUGGGGCGGGCGUGCCGGGGGUGGGCGGGCUCCGCCACCCGACGGCGCGUCCCGGACAGUGCCCCACAGCCGGCGGGUGGGCAGCGGCACCCCCGGGACGAUGCCGCUGCUCGGCGGGGACUGGCCGGCGGCCCCGCGCCUCUUCCCGGCCUCCGCUGCCGUCCUGCUGGGCGUCCUGUGCCUGCCCGGGGCGCCGGCCUCCUCCCUGCUCACAGGAUCGGUUGCAAAAUGUGAAAAUGAAGGGGAAAUUCUGCAGAUACCUUUUAUCACAGACAACCCUUGUAUAAUGUGUAUUUGCCUGAAUAAGGAAGUGACGUGCAAAAGGGAGAAGUGUCCAGUGCUCUCCAAGGACUGUGCUCUUGUCAUUAAGCAGAGAGGAGCUUGCUGUGAGCGUUGCAAAGAUUGCAGUUUUGGAGGAAAUAUGUACAACAGCUCCAUGAAAUGGCACCUCCCCAGCAAUCCCUGUGUUACAUACCAGUGCCAGGAAGGAGUGAUAGUAGAAUCAGAAAUACAGUGUGUUGUUCAUUGCAAAAACCCUUCCAAACCCAGGGGAAUGUGUUGUCCUGUGUGUCCAGGUUGUGUAUUUGAAGGGAGACUCUACAAUGAAGGAGAAGAAUUCAGGCCUGAAGGAAAUAAAUGUACCAAGUGCUCUUGUAUUGAUGGCAGGACACAGUGUAUCCAAGAAGUCUGCCCCAUUCUCUCAUGUCCCCAGCACCUCAGUCACAUUCCUGCUGGACAGUGUUGCCCCAAAUGCUUAGGACAGAGGAAAGUGUUUGACCUCCCAUUUGGAAGCUGUCUCUUUCACAGCAACGUGUAUGAUAAUGGUUCCUCAUUUAUGUAUGACAACUGCACAGUGUGUACAUGCAAGGAUUCAACAGUGAUAUGUAAGAAGAGGUGUUUCCUUCCUGGCGAAUGCAAUAAAAACAAAGACCACUGCUGCAAAGAGUGUGUCUCAUACAUCUCUCCUGAGGAGGUGAAAGUAUGCAAGUUUGGCAAUAAGAUCUUCCAGGAUGGAGAGAUGUGGUCCUCUGUGAACUGCACCCUCUGUGCUUGUGUGAAAGGCAAGACAGAGUGUCGCAAGAAACAGUGCAUUCCAGUCAGCAGCUGUCCUCAUGUGAGUUUUUUAAAAGAACUGAGCUUUCUUCUCUUUUCUGCUCCACCAUUAUCUUUUUCAUUAUCUUUUUUUCAGUGUUUCUUGGAAGUUGUGUGCAUGACAGUGAGGCAUGCUGUUUGGAAAGAAGGGAUUAUCUGGAAUGUUAAUUUAGGCUGGCAUUUCCCAAAUGUGCAACUAUUAUCCUGAAUAUGGUCUUCCUGCCUCUAUCCUUGCUCUGGAGAUUCUGUGCUCCUCCUCUCCUUCUCCUUUAACUUUCUCUGUCCAAGUAUCUGCAUUGGAACAGUUAUUUUUGACUUUUAUUUAAUAGUUUUAUAGAGUGGUGAGGUGACUAUGUUGAUAUUUCAGUAGUGUGUAUAUUGUUAAGGCAAGGCAUAGGAGGUUGU